GCCUCAGUCCCGCCGCGCCCGCCGCGUCCGCCCGGCGCCCGCUCCGCGUCCCGACCGGCCCGCGGCUGCCCGCUUCGUCGCCAUGGCCACCUCCCCGCAGAAGUCGCCGUCUGUCCCCAAGUCCCCCACUCCCAAGUCGCCCCCGUCCCGGAAGAAAGAUGACUCCUUCUUGGGGAAACUCGGAGGAACUCUGGCCCGGAGGAAGAAAGCCAAGGAGGUGUCAGAGCUUCAGGAGGAGGGCAUGAACGCCAUCAACCUGCCCCUCAGCCCCAUCCCCUUCGAGCUGGACCCUGAGGACACAAUGCUGGAGGAGAACGAAGUGCGAACAAUGGUGGAUCCCAACUCACGCAGCGACCCCAAACUUCAAGAACUGAUAAAGGUGUUAAUUGACUGGAUUAAUGAUGUUUUGGUUGGAGAAAGAAUCAUUGUGAAAGACCUGGCUGAAGAUUUAUACGAUGGCCAAGUCCUGCAGAAGCUUUUUGAGAAACUUGAGAGUGAGAAGCUGAACGUCGCUGAGGUCACCCAGUCAGAGAUUGCCCAGAAGCAGAAGCUGCAGACUGUCCUGGAGAAGAUCAAUGAAACCCUGAAACUUCCUCCCAGGAGCAUCAAGUGGAAUGUAGACACUGUCCAUGCCAAGAGCCUGGUAGCCAUCUUGCAUCUGCUGGUUGCUCUGUCCCAGUAUUUCCGGGCACCAAUCCGACUCCCAGAUCAUGUUUCCAUCCAAGUGGUUGUGGUCCAGAAACGAGAAGGAAUCCUCCAGUCUCGGCAAAUCCAAGAGGAAAUAACUGGUAACACAGAGGCUCUUUCUGGAAGGCAUGAACGUGAUGCCUUUGACACCUUGUUUGACCAUGCACCAGACAAACUGAACGUGGUGAAAAAGACGCUCAUUACUUUUGUGAACAAGCACCUGAAUAAACUGAACCUGGAGGUCACGGAACUGGAAACCCAGUUUGCAGAUGGGGUGUACCUGGUGCUGCUCAUGGGGCUCCUGGAAGGCUACUUCGUGCCCCUGCACAGCUUCUUCCUGACCCCGGACAGCUUUGAACAGAAGGUCUUGAACGUCUCCUUUGCCUUUGAGCUCAUGCAAGACGGAGGAUUGGAAAAGCCAAAACCACGGCCAGAAGACAUCGUCAACUGUGACCUGAAAUCCACACUGCGAGUGUUGUACAACCUCUUCACCAAGUACCGGAACGUGGAGUGAGAGGCAGACUGGACCGUCCCCUGAACCGCCUUAACCUGCUUAUUCCUGUCUCUUGCUCUGUGCUCUCUCCCAAGUCCGCCUGCUCUAUUCCCAGAGGUAGUGGAAACUGAGAUUAGGAAGGAAAUGAUCAGUAACUCAGUGGGCUGACCCACACCUCCCAGGCUCUAAAGCUGACCCUGCAAUGGCUUGUGAAGGUUGUCACCAUCCUGGUGCCAGGUCCAGAUUUCCCUCAGUGUGAUUUGCAACCAACUUAGGCACAAGGGCCCACCCACCCACCCUCAGAAGAUGAAAAUAAAGAUAAUAGUUACCAUUUAAUGGGUGUAACCUACGGGCUGGGCACCACACUAAGUGCUCUGAGCUACUCAAACUCACGAAUACUCAUGACUUCCAUUGAAGCAGAUGUUAUCAGCCCCUUUUACAGAUACAGAAA